UCAGUUCGAUUUGCGCGGUGACAUAUCGGGAUUAUUAUCAUCGCAUCCAAAAGCGCCAUUAAUGUCCCUUCACCAUUUUGAUGCUACAUCGCCGAUUUUCCCUUCAAUGGAUCGGAUACAAUCAACAAAACACCUCAUGAGAGCGGCAAAUUACGAUCAAUCUCGAAUGUUACAACAAACAAUAUGUCACCAUAGGUCUAGCAAUUGGACAUUUUCAGUAUCGUGGGGAUAUUCAGUUCAUAUUUACGAGAAAAUUAUGCCUAGGAGUCAUUUAAUUAAACCUAUUCAAACAUUUAGUGCUUGGGUUGCCAAGCCUGAGAAUCCUCCAUAUUACAUGUUUAAUACGAGGUCGUCUGUAAAGGAUUCUUGUGAAACUCCUCAUCUGUUUUUCUUAAAAUCUAUUGGAGAAACGUGGAAUAGGAAUGAAAUUAUGGCCACGUAUUCUCGAUCGGCGGUGCGGCGGUUACCGGGUUGUCCGAUCGGUGGCAACCAUCCGGCAAAUUAUGUCAACAAGAUUCAAGUCUACUCUCGUAGAACAAAACGUACAGAG